CUGCCGUUUACACGUAAACUCCUGUCCAAGAGUCACUUCCACUCUAUCACUACCUGCCACUGUUCCCCUCUCUCUCCAACAGUUGUAGUAAGUUAAGCUGGAUCUGCAAGAUCACCACAUUCUUACCAUUGAACACAACCCCGGCAGACGUUUCCAUGUGUUGUCAGCUCCAACAACUGACUACAUUAAAACACUCUCUACUACAUUUAUUAUUUUUUAACACAGUCUGGACAUAUUUGGAUUUAAGUUUUACCUUUUAUAAAGUAAUUUUAGAAAAAAGAAUCAACAUAAUUAACUUUUUUUUUUAAACCCAAGUCAGUUUUCUGAGACAAAGACGAGAAAAAUAUGAUUAACAAAUUAAUUUAUUUGGAAAGUUUAUAAAAAGACAAAGCCCUCCAAAAGUAAAAAUUUCUAAUUAAUUGAUUGAAACCCCCAAACAACUUUCUGGUUUGUUAACAAACUUGUAUAAAUUGUUUAAACGCAGUCACCUAUGAACCUUUACUUCCUCUGUUAAUUAUAUCGAGAUAUCUAGGUGAAAGAUAUCGAUCUGUAUUAAAGGGGAGGAAAACCAAUAGCUAAAUGUACCGGCAAGUAAGGUCACAGUUUCUAGCUUCGAUUAUUCAACUGAAUCAUUUGUCUGUUGGAGACCUCACUUAAUUUACCAACAGGAAACAAAGACAACCGUCAGACGGAAAGAAAAGAGAAACAUCAUUAUAAGAUUACGCAAUAAGAAUGGGGGAAAUGCAGUUUUCCAUUUCCAAUAUCCACUAUGAACCACUGAAGUGGACAGGUAGUCCAAACCAGAACUCUCCUCAUCUGACAAUGCAGCCCUCUUAUCUCAACUGGGAACCUUACCCAACUACACAGGAAAGGGCCACAUCUUACGAGAAACGGUAUAACACUCUGGAGAGUGUUCUCUUGGGCCAAGUUCCUGCCAGUUAUUCCCAUUUAACUACCUCACCUCACCUAUCCUCAUCACCAUCAAAUUCUUCAUCUUGCUCUACAUCACCCUCGCCAACAGCAUUUUCAGAUCGUUCUUUCUCAGCCAGUCCUUCUUGUUACUCUACUGGUCAAUCAUUUUAUCAUAAAUCUGAUGUUUCUCGCUCUUCAGCAUCAAGUCCAUCAGGUUACCAAUCGGAACCAAUGGAUUUAUCUUGUAAAGGCUUUUCUUCAUCUGCAUCUUCAAUUUGUUCGACAGGAAGUAGGAAAUCUAUUUGUAGUGACAGCUCUGGCUAUGGAGGAGAGGAACACCAACUCGAAGAUGGUACAUUUCCAUUAACAUAUCAAUAUACACAUGACAAUGGUAGAACAACGGAUCCUUCACUCCUUUCCUCCUGUGGUACCACAUACAUGUCAGUGGAUCAGCAGGCCAUGCAAAUGGCAAAUUCUUCAAUAAAUCAACCUCUAAGAAGCAGACAUUCUCCAAUCCAGUUUCUCAGUGAUACUUCAAUUCAACAGCGACAAUCUCCUAUCGAAAAUCACUUAUCAACAGUCCCCCCAUUACAUCAACAGCAGCAGCAGCAGCAACAUCAACUAUUAGAUGUACCACACCAUAGUUCACAACAACAGUCUUCAAGUGUCCAGAGCAGUGACAUGUCUAUGGAAAUUCAACACAGCCUUGCUAUGCAGGGUCACUCUUCACAUAAGAAAGACUCAUGUAAUAACUCACCAAGCAGACACUGCAUCUCUCCGAGAUUAGUAUUACAUCAUAAUUCAUUGACUGGCCACCAAGAUGAGCAUCGGUCACCUUGGCAAUCUACUUCCCAGCCUCAGCUAUCUCAGCAGUCUCUGCAGAAUAGCGAUUCUUAUCAAGCUGGUAUUGAUAGCCGUCCAUCUCCACCGCUCCAGAACCAAUCUUCAACCCAAUCAAAAAAUGGACAUUCACUCUUGCGAGAUCUUCUCAGUUGUGGUCGAAAUGAUUCCAAACAAAAUAAAAUGUCAUUAUCGUCCUCAUCAGACUUUUCUUCCAUUUCUUCAUCAAAUUCUUCCUCAAAUGAUGAUACUUUGCCACAAGAAAAAGAAACUAAAAUAGAAUAUGAUGGUUCGAAAGAUUACUUAUUGUCUAGCACAGCUCGUGUCACCCUGGCCAAAAAAAAUCUUCUGCCAAUCAGCGCCCGUGUCACUGAAUGGCUUUACAAAAUGGUCAAGUUUGCUAAAGAAAUUCCUCAAUUUAUGAAGCUUCCCAACAACGACCGCCUAACGCUCAUCUUGAACUCAUGGACUCGUAUGCUGUUAAUGCAUAUGGCUGAGAAUAACUUCCAGUUUGCUGUUACGCCUCUUCCAUCAUCUCCAGCCCAUGACCACGAGGUUCCAGCGUCUGAUGAACCAACCAUGAAGUCUGUUGAAAGCAUACAGAGCAUCAUACGCAAAUGCCAGUGUAUGAACUUGGAUAGUUCUGAAUACAAAUACUUAAGGAUGUUGGUGCUUUUCAAUGCUGGUUAUGUUGGAUUAGAGAUGGCUUCCAUUGUCGAUAGCAUGAACAGCUGUAUUCAACAAAGACUCCAGCAACAUAUCAACACCAAACACCCACGGGACCACAUCAGAUUUUCACGGGUUCUUAUGAGUCUCCCUUCUUUGUAUGGCAUCAAUUGUAAAAUGGUAGACAAUUUGUUUUGCCGUUAUAUUCAUGGCAAAACUGAUGUGGAAGUCUUACUGAAAGAUCUUCUUCAAGACCUGUGAAUUCACUGUAGCAUGCUUGCGUGCUGCCUAGAAGUUGGAUUGAUGUGAAACAACCAUGCAAAGGACUGCAGAAGUCAACAGAACUGAAACUAAUUCCAUCAAAGAAAGACAUUAUGAAAGCUAUCAAGAGUAUACUGCUGAUAUUGCUGUUAGUGCCAUCUAUCUGGGUUGAUUGUUGGCAAAGAAACGGAGAAGAAAUGUUGGAGGAAAAAGAAGCUUUCAUAUCAUUGAGAAAGCAGGAAAUUCGGAUAGUAAAUGUGCUGAUUCUAAGAACUUACAUUUCUUUUGGUUAACAUUGGCAGGAAAAUUCCCUCUGUUACUGCAAUGGUUGACAUUCAGAGAAAGAUGUGCAAAGCAAUAUGGAGAGAGGAGAGCACCAUUGUGCAUUUGAAGUAGCACAAGUGUGUGCUUGAGAGCUAACACAGCGCCGUGAUACAGAUUGUGCAGGUAUUAGACAGUAAAAUGUCUAAAUAGAAACUAAUUUAUAAAAGAUUGUGGAACAAAUAUAUAAAUGGACUGACUUGUGAUUCCAUUGGCAAAUAGAACGACUGUGGUAACAGAUGGGCCAAAAUGAAGUUAGAACCAAACUUGGGAUUAUAGACUUGCAGACUCAAAAGUGACUAUAAUGAAUCCCAUCCCUUGUUCAUGUUUUUCAAUGUGUUGCCAUAUGUGCACUAUAAACUGCAAUUUAUGUAUUUUGUGUGUAUAUAUGUAUGUGUGAGUGAGUGUAUGUAUGUAUAUAUAUAUAUAUAUGUAUGUGUAUGUAUGUAUAUAUAUAUGUAUGUGUAUGUAUAUAUAUAUAUAUAUAUAUUGUGUAUAUGCAUGUGGCUAUGUAAUUGUGAAAGAAAAAGCCUGUAUGCAAAUUUCAUUGUGAAGGAUCAACAAAACCAGAAGUUGAGAUGGAACAAUAAAACACAAUGAGUGUUAAAGCAUCUAAAGACCUAAAUUUUAUUUGGUAGGGGUCCAAAAUAAUAAGUCCCAUACACACACACACACAAACCUCUUUCUUUGUAAUUAUACUGUUGAAGGGAGACACUUGGAGAAUGGUUAAAAUAACUUUUAAUAUUACUAUUUAUUUUUUCUAUUUAUAGUAGAAUUUGCACACGCACACACGCACACGCACACACGCACACACACACACACACGCACACACACACACACACACACACACACACACUCUCUCUCUCUCACAUUCACGCACACAAUUAUUAUGAGGUCACUAUAUGCAAACAUUGACAGUUAUAAAAUUCUGUGAGGGAAUUUCAAUUUAAGAAAUUCUUGGACUUCAUGGUCUUUUAUGCUACAUGCACAAGUGACUGUUGUGAUUUGCUGUAUCUUCAUAUCUGAGGAACCACAUCUACCUUUGGUUUUGGUUGUGACAAUAUCCUGUAUUUUGGAGUUGUGACCACCACAGGAAAAGAAAAGCUACACAACCAAGCUUCAUACGUAAUAUACUAUAUAUAUAUAUAUGUGUGUGUGUAUAUGUAUAUAUAUAUGUGCAUAUACAUACACAAUUGUACACAUGCAUACACUUGAUAUUUUUUUUUAUUUUUUUAUUUUUUUUUUUUUUAGAAGUUUUAAGAAACUACAAUUUUCUGAGCAGAAACCAGAAUGCCUUAACAUAUUUGGUUUUCAGGGAUCUUAAAAUGUCUUUCUUGUUUUUAAGAAAAUAGCUUCUCCAGUGUCGUUGACAGCUGGAUUGCUAUCAACAGCUGGUUGUAUGUUUGUAAAACUAUUUGCUUGUGUGGAUGACACGGCAUAUUGUGAUAAACCUGUAGUGUCACUUGGAGUGGACCAACUGCUGAACAACGGUGGCCAAACUACUAAGAUGACCAUAUUCAACAAAGGGCAGGAAGAUAUGUUGAACUCUUAACAAGAAUAUCUUAAUUAUUAUUUUUUCUUCAUUAGGGUUAUUUAUCAUUUUUUGUAUAUAAUAAUUGUCUUGUUUGGGUAAUUGAAUCAUUAAACAAAUUUCAGUUCCCAGUGAGAAAAUGCAAAACAUUUCAUAUAAGUUGCCAGUGCCCUUAGGAAAAGCAUGAUUGUCAUACUCCUGUAUCCCUCCCCUAUAAGUCUGAGACGUCAUGCCUAUGUAAGAAGUGAUUAUUUUAUAAAUAUUCAGGACAGAAA